UCUUUCUGCCCACGGCCUCCCUUGCUCUGCCCACACUGCUGGCCUCAGGCCCAGAUACCCGCUCUGCUCCAGGCAAAUGGCUGCUCUUCGAAUGCUGUGGACGGGGCUGGUCCUGCUGGGUCUCUUGGGAUUCCUACAGACUCCAGCCCAGGGCCACGAAUCAGUGCAUCCCAACUUUCAACAGGACAAGGUGAGGGCUCCCUACCCCACACUCAAGGCAGCAGAAUCCUCAGGCAUCAACUGGUCACAGUUCCUGGGGCGCUGGUACAGCGCAGGCCUCGCCUCCAAUUCAAGCUGGUUCCGGGAGAAGAAAGCAGUAAUAUCCAUGUGCAAGACAGUGAUAGCCCCUUCCACAGAUGGUGGCCUCAACCUCACCUCUACCUUCCUCAGGAAAAACCAGUGUGAAACCAAGAUCAUGUUACUGCAGCCUAUAGGACUUCCUGGACACUACAAGUACAACAGUCCCCACUGGGGCAGCGUCCAUACCAUCUUAGUGAUGGAAACCAACUAUAAUGAGUACGCGCUCCUGUUCAGCAGAGGCACCAAGGGCCCAGGCCAGGACUUCCGAAUGGCUACCCUCUACAGCAGAAGCGCGACUCCAAAGGAUAAGCUGAAGAAGAAAUUCAUCAGUUUUAGCAAGUCCAUGGGUCUCACAGAGGAGGACAUUGUUUUCCUGCCCCAACCAGAUAAGUGCAUUCAAGAGUGAAAACAGAUGAGAGGAGUCAGUCAGAGGGCUGGCUUCACAUGCUAAUCUGGCCCUCAGGACUCCUUUGCUCUGUCAUGCUUGAGACCCCAGCCCUGACUACCCAAAGUGCCUCUCCAUCCUCCAGAUUUGUCCUGCAUGAGAAAUAAAAGUCUAAAGCAAGUCA